AUGGCGUCCCCCCUGAUCCAGCUGUCGCAGGGCAACACCCCCAGCCGCGCCCUCCUGGCCCAGAUCUCGCACGUCGAGACGGCCAUCACCAAGGCCGAGGACGACUUCCUGCACGCAGUGGAGUUCGGGGACGUGCCGCUGGUCAAGAGCAUCCUGGAGGAGAACCCUUACAUCAACGUGGACUGCACGGACGCGCUGGGCAGGACCCCGCUUAGGCUGGCGGUCAAAAAUGAAAACAAAGAGCUAGUCGAGAUGCUGGUCAGCCUGUCCAACGCUGACAACACCAACGAGGCCGUACUACAGGCCAUAGACGCAGGUUUUACGUCCAUUGCUGAGAUCACAUUACGUCAUCCUAAAUACCUGGAGAACACCAACCGUAUGAGGCGGAUGGGGGACGUGGAGGGGUUUUUCAAGAGGUCGUGGCGUGGCUCCCAGUUCCCGAGUUACGUCACCCCCCUGAUGUUGGCGUCACAGAAAAACCAAUACGUCAUCGUCCAGCUCCUGCUACAGAGGGGCGAGUACAUCAUCAAACCUCACAAGUUCGGCUGUCCGUGCCAGGAGUGUACCAACAAGAGGAAAUACGACCAACUGAGGCUGGCCAAAAGUCGACUGGACGCCUUCAAGGGUUUGUGUAGCGAGGCCUACAUCUCCCUCAACAGCCAGGACCCGUUUCUCACGGCGUUUGAGCUGGCACAUGAGCUGAGAAGGUUGGCCAAAUCUGAGGUCUUCUUUAAGAGGGAGUACACGGACCUGGCUGACCACCUGAGCACGUAUGUGGUCAAGCUCCUGGACAGGGUGUGGACACACAGGGAGCUGAGUGUGGUCCUGGACAAGUGUGGCCCGCCCACUGAUGACGUCUACGAGAGUCUGGCCAGGUUUAAGAUGGCCGUUGAUUUGGAGGAGAAAGCUUUUGUAACCCACCCAAACUGCCAGCAGAGAAUAGACAGGUGCUGGUUUGAAGGAAUGGGGAAAAUAAAGCGCUUAAGCUGGCCACAACAAAUUGGUAUCUUGAUCCUGUCUAUCGUUGCCUACCCAGUUUUUGUUGCCUACUUCCUCAUUGCCCCAGAGUCUAAGACCAGUAAAAUCCUCAAGGUUCCAGCCGUCAAGUUUAUCUGCCACACACUCUCUUUCUUCGCUUUCCUCAUCCUGAUCAUCAUUUCCUGUUUUGAGUCCAUAUCCAUCAUCUCUGAUUCAAAUACUCUGCAACAAAAAUAUCCAGAUAUACACGAAAAAUACAAAAGAUAUCGCCAAAAGUACAAUCAGCAAUUGUACUAUGAUGACUUUCCUCUACGCACAUUGACCCCACAAGUAACAGAGAUUUUGAUACUCAUAUGGGUCAUAGCAAUGGUUGUUCAAGAGUGUCAGGAGCUGUGGUCACAAGGCAUAAGGUCACACUUCAGUGACAAGUUCAAUUUGUUGGAUUUUGUACUGCUGUCUGUCUACAUUGCUACAUAUUCUCUGAGAUUUUUGUGUAUCAAAAAGUUGAAUUCUAGUGUAUAUGAGCUACAGAAUGUUCCAGAAUUCAACUUAUCAUUUGGUGUGGAGGCUCACAUCUACUGGAUAAAUGCAGAUCGUUCCUUCUGGGACAGCUAUGAUCCCAUCAAUACUGCUGAAGGAUUGUUUGCUAUUGCCAACAUUUUCAGUUUCUCGAGGAUAGCUUACCUCUUGAGAGCUAAUGAAACUCUGGGGCCUUUACAAAUUUCUCUCGGUCGCAUGAUCAAUGAUAUAAUGCAGUUCUUUGCCUUGGCAGUCAUUGUCAUCAUUGCCUUCCUGGUUGCACUAAGGAACUUGUACUGGUAUUAUUCCAAUAGGGAUGAUAUUGAAAUUAAUGGUUUGGGGAUACCUAAGCCAGAAGCUGUUGAAAAAUAUGGCGAUGAGCUGGCAGCUUUCCGUACAGUUUUCUGGGCUAUUUACGGUCGAGGUCAGGACACAGAUGUUUCACUGGGGAACUACAACAACACAGUGACAGAGAAAAUAGGCGAGUCCAUCUCCGGGUUGUACCAUAUCAUCAUGAUCAUCCUUCUGCUCAACAUUCUGGUUGCCAUGAUGACAAGAACCUUUGAUAAAACUGCAGAAGAUGCAGACAUAGAAUGGAAAUUUGCUCGCAGCACUCUGUACAUGGAAUAUAUCACCAAAGGAAGGGUACUCCCAGUUCCUUUCAACAUUCUAGAGGUCCUUUACAAAAUGAUAAUGCACUUCAUUCAGUUGGCGAAUGAAAAAAAAGAAGAGGUAAAUCAUGAACAUACUGUAUUAUACGACGCAGGCAGAAGAACAGCAAUAUCUAACGUAGAGUCACAACGUCGCUUUAAGGUAAAAGAUCAUGUUUAA